AUGACUAAGUUUUCUUCUUUUUUUCUCUGUUUCCUAAUAGCUGGGACUUACAUAACUCCAGAGUGUUUCAACAUGGAGAUUAUCGGAGGGAGAGAAGUGUCGCCGCGUUCCAGGCCAUUGAUGGCUUCCAUGCAGUAUGGCGGCAAUCACAUUUGCGGCGGAGUGCUGACUGAUCCGCAGUGGGUGCUGACAGCAGCCCACUGCCACUCUCGGUUUGCCAAAGACCAGUCUUCCAAAGUGGUUUUAGGAGCACACUCUCUCUCAAAGAAUGAGGCCUCCAAACAAACAUUUGAGAUUAAAAGAUUCAUACGAUUCCCAAGAUUUACAUCAGAUCCUAAAUCAAAUGAUAUUAUGCUGGUUCAGCUUCACACGGCCGCAAAACUCAACAAACAUGUCCAACUGCUCCACCCCAGAGCCAAAAAUGAUAUUACAGCUGGAACAAAAUGCCAGGUUAUUGGCUGAGCCACUGACCCAGAAUGUUUUAGGCCCUCUGAUACCCUGCGAGAAGUCACUGUUACUGUCAUAAGUCGAAAAGUUUGCAACAGCCGAAGUUAUUACAACCACGACCCUAUUAUAACUAAAAACAUGAUAUGUGCAGGAGACGCCAGAGGCCAGAAGGAUUCCUGCCAGGGUGACUCAGGGGGCCCCUUGAUCUGCAAAGGUGCCUUCCACGCCCUAGUCUCUGGAGGUCGUAAAUGUGGUGAUGCCAAGAAACCUGGAAUCUACAUCCUAUUAACCUGGAAAUACCAGGCUUGGAUCAAAAGCAACUUGGCCCCAUCUCAUGCAAACUAA